AUGGCCAAGGCCAACAGCAUCAUCAUCAAGCUCGUCAGCUCGGCGGGUACGGGGUUCUACUACACGACGCGCAAGAACCCGCGCGGUCAGACCGAAAAGCUUUCGCUCCGUAAGUUCGACCCCGUGGCCCGCAAGCACGUGAUCUUCAAGGAAGCGAAGAUCAAGUAG